AUGUCGCCGAAGUACUAUACGACCAACAGACGCUAUCUUAGCAAUAUCGCUGGAUCGGUCAUUUGGGAGACCUUUGAAAACAUUCACCUCGAUUUAUCGAAACAGUCUGGCCGGUGCAGAUUAGCAGAAAGUGGACUUGGUUGGAAGCCCAGUGGCGGUAGCGAUCCCUUCACAUUGGACAACAACCAGAUAGCUGCUGCUCAAUGGAGUCGAGCAUCGAAAGGCUAUGAAAUCAAGAUUAUCACACGCGAAGCGGCGGUCAUCCAGCUGGACGGUUUCGACCAGGAAGACUUUGACCGAGCAUCCAAAGCUUUCAAGAUCUGGUAUGGAAUCAAUCUGGAGAACAGAGAACAUGCUUUGCGAGGUUGGAACUGGGGCAAGGCAGAGUUUGGUCGGGCCGAACUGGCUUUCAGUGUCCAAAAUCGGCCAGCUUUCGAGAUCCCGUACUCGGAAAUCGCCAACACCAACUUGGCCGGCAAGAAUGAAAUCGCCGUUGAAUUUAACCUUGGGACCGACCCAACACAAAAUGGCGCCAAUGGCAACAAAGCUGGAGGUACUAAGAAUCGAGGUCGAAAGGCCGCAGCAGGCAGAGAUGAACUUGUCGAGAUGCGUUUCUACAUUCCAGGCACGGUAUCGAAGAAAGACGUCAAUGGAGAUGAUGGCAGCGGCGCCGAAGAACAGGAAGAUGAGGAGCAGAAUGCCGCCAAUCUAUUCUACGAGACCUUGAUGGACAAGGCCGACAUUGGAGAGGUUGCUGGUGCUACCUUUGCCACUUUCCAAGACAUACUGCAUCUCACCCCCAGAGGCCGAUUCGAUAUUGAUAUGUAUGAAAACUCGUUCCGUCUACGUGGCAAGACAUAUGAUUACAAGAUUCAGUAUCAAGCCAUCAAGAAGUUUUUCAUCCUACCAAAGAACGAUGAAGUUCACACACUUAUCACACUCGGACUUGACCCUCCACUUCGACAGGGUCAGACGAGGUAUCCAUUUAUUGUCAUGCAACUCAAGCUCGACGAUGAAGUCAACCUGGAUCUGAACAUGACUGAAGAGCUUCUAGAGACCCAGUACAAGGACAAGCUGGACGCACAUUAUGAGGCACCUAUCCAUCAUGUUAUCGCCAAAGUCUUCAAGGGUCUCUCGGGCAAGAAGAUCAUCAUGCCUAGCAAAGAUUUUGUCAGCCACCACAACAUGAAUGGAGUUAAGUGCUCUAUCAAAGCAAAUGAGGGUCUCCUCUUUUGCUUAGAUAAGAGCUUCAUGUUUGUACCCAAACCGUCGACAUAUGUUCAGAUUGAAUCGAUACAGAGCAUUACGAUGUCUCGAGUGGGCGGGGCUCUUGCAGCUAGUAGGACGUUUGAUAUUACAAUGACUCUCAAAGGUGGUCAAGGGGAGCAUCAAUUCAGUAACAUCAACCGGGAAGAGCAACAACCACUUGAAGCAUUUUUCCAGGCGAAAGGCAUUCGAUUUAAGAAUGAAAUGCUUGACGAUUCAUCUACUCUAUUGAAGGCUGCCCUGGUUGAUCAGGACCUUGCCUCCUCUGAUGAUGAUGAACAGCCAGGUGGCGCUAACCGAGGGUCGGCGGACGAGGAUGAUGAGUCUCCAGAUGAAGACUUCCAGGCGGAUUCUGACAGUGAUGUCGCAGAAGAGUAUGACUCUGCACAUGAGAGCAGUGGCAGUGAUGCGGAAAUGGAUGAUGCUGGAGCUGCUAGUGAGGAUGAACAGGAGCCACCAAAGAAAAAGCCCAAGAAGUAA